ACACUAAUCAGCCAUAUUUUCUUUGGUUAACAAGCCUUUCAACUUUUCAAAGUUCAUCAUACCUAUAAUUCAAUGUAUACUCAUUGCCCAGCCAAAGACAAAAGUUACUACACAUGAACAUGGCGGGAUUGAAUUCUGUAUUAAUUAAUCGCAUAGCGGAUUAAAUUCAUAUCACAGUUUCAAGAUUUGCAUAGCCAGGAUAAUGUCUCGUUUUGCCAACAAAGAGAAGGGUACAAAUUGGAAAGGGGAACAAGAAAAGAGAUACUUCAACACAAUUAUCGAACCCAAAUAUAAACCCAAACGAGAGAGAGAGAGAGAGGUUACAUCGAGAUACUCUUUAGCAUCGAGGGGAGAAGCGAGUUCGCAGUAAGAGACUAAACCCGAGAUCAUAUCACUGUCGAGAGCCAGACCAGUUUCCAUUCUCUUGCAAAGAUCCACCAACGCCUUCUCCAGCCAUUCUCCCGGCGACCCCAUUCUCCCGCCCUCUCUCUCGGCCCUCGGGACAGACUGAAUGAACGCGUAGAGCUUGGUUUUUCGUCUUUUACAUUCUUCGACAGACGGGACUGGUUUGCCGAUAUAUAUCCAUGAUGUUCUGAAACACCGUACCGUUGAGAUCAUGCCACGUCACCAUAAGAUCACGAGCUGGUGGGCCCCGAGAAAAUGAGAUGAGAAUCGUAUGAUAAUCGAACGGUUCUCAAUAAAUGUUCACAGAACCCGUCAAAGCAUUGGCCCUGUGUCUUAUCUCUUCUACCACAGGAAGACUUCCACCGGACUGGGCUCACUGCACAGAGGAGCCAAUCCUCUUCGCAGCAAUUCCCCCAUCAGUAGCCCAUAUCCUUGCAGCAAUAUUCCAUUUCUUCCAGGCAAUGGCUUGCAACGAUAUGGAUUUCGUGCGUCCCCGGUAAUUAUUUUUCUCUCUCCUCUGCUGUAAAAGAACUCCCUGUACGGCUUGAGGUUGUUACUAGGGGAUUUGCUUUCGAUUUCAGCUGUUGGAGUUGUAUUUGAAUGGUUCAAUUUUGUGGGUUCUAUUAAUGGUUCUAGGAUUUCGGCAUAUUGUACAACUGUUGGUUGAAGAUGGACAAAAAAGAUCAGAACUGCCUUUUCUUUAAUGAAGUUUUUGAGGGGGAAUUUUGCUUUGGAUUUCAGUUGUGAGUUGUAUUUGAAUGUUUCGAUUUUGUGGGUUCUAUUUUUGGUUAUAGGAUUUUGAGUUUAUUGUUCAAAUGUAGCUUGAAGAAUGUGGAAAGAGAAGGCCGGAACAGCUUUUUCUUUAUCUGGGUUUUUUGUGGUUUGAUGAGUUAAAUUAUUAAUUUUGUUAUAGCAGUUAAUUAUUUGUUUAUAGUAUAGGAAUGAGACCUACACUGCUUCCUAAACAUGUUGCUGCUGUUGUAAAAUAUCGAAAUGAUCCUCUCAAGGCGCUUGAAAUAUUCAACUCAGUGAAGAAGGAAGAUGGGUUCAAGCAUACCUUGUUAACCUAUAAAUGCAUGAUUGAGAAGCUUGGAUUUCAUGGGGAGUUUGACGCCAUGGAGCGCAUGCUGUCGGAGAUGAGGAUGAUUUUCAAUAGUAGUUUACUUGAAGGAGUGUAUAUUGGAGCCAUGAGAAACUAUGGGAGGAAAGGAAAGGUUCAAGAAGCUGUUAAUGUGUUUGAGAGGAUGGAUUUUUACAACUGUGAACCGUCAGUUCAAUCAUAUAAUGCAAUUAUGAAUUUAUUGGUGGAAUAUGGGUAUUUUGAUCAAGCCCACAGAGUGUAUAUGAGACUGAAAGAUAAACGGAUUGUUCCUGAUGUGUGUACCUUCACGAUAAGGAUAAAAUCAUUUUGUAGGACAAGGAGGCCCCAUGCUGCUCUGAGGCUUCUUAAUAACAUGCCUUCCCAAGGGUGUGAGUGUAAUGCAGUUGCAUACUGUACUGUGAUAGGUGGGUUUUAUGAAGAAAACUGUCAAGUUGAAGCAUAUGUACUGUUUGAGAAGAUGCUUAGGCUAGGUAUUUGUCCUAAUAUAGCCACAUUUAACAAGCUUGGACACAAAAUUUGUAAGAAGGGGGAAGUCAGAGAGGGUGAAAAGCUUUUCAACAAGGUUUUCAAGAGGGGAGUGUCUCCAAAUUUAUUUACAUAUAAUAUCUUUAUCCAGGGGUUUUGCCAAAAGGGCAUGCUUCAUGAUGCUGUAAUUUUGUUGGAGAAUGUAACAAGGGAAAGCCUAACUCCAGAUGUUGUCACUUAUAAUACAAUAAUCUGUGGCUUGUGUAAGAAUCAUAAUGUUGCAGAAGCUGAGCGCUAUUUGCAUAAAAUGGUCAAUGAAGGUUUUGAGCCUGAUGCUUUUACCUACAAUACAAUCAUUGACGGAUAUUGCAAAAUGGGUAUGAUACAAAAUGCAGACAAAAUUCUCAAUAAUGCAGCUUUCAAGGGGUUCGUGCCUGAUGAAUUCACAUAUUGCUCCCUGAUUAAUGGGCUAAACCAGGAUGGUGAAAUAGACCGUGCCAUGGCUGUAUAUCAUAAGGCACUGGGAAAAGGACUCAAACCUGGUAUUGUUCUUUAUAACACAUUAAUCAAAGGGCUGUGUCAGCAGGGACUUAUUUUGCAAGCUUUGAAGCUGAUGAAUGAUAUGUCAGAAAAUGGUUGUAGUCCCAAUAUAUGGACUUAUAAUUUAGUUAUUAAUGGGUUGUGCAAGAUGGGUUGUGUAUCUGAUGCCAAUAAUCUCAUUGGUGAUGCUAUAUCCAAAGGGUACCUUCCUGAUAUUUUUACCUUUAAUACAUUGAUUGAUGGUUAUUGUAAACAAUUGAAGUUGGACAAUGCAAUUGAGAUUGUUGAUAGGAUGUGGAACCAUGGUGUUAAACCUGAUGUAAUCACGUAUAACACAAUCCUGAAUGGCCUCUGCAAGGCUGCAAGGCCUGAAGAUGUAAUGGAAACAUUUAAAGCAGCAGUGGAGAAAGGGUGUGUUCCUAACAUUAUCACGUACAAUAUAUUCAUAGAAAGUCUCUGCAAAGCUCGAAAAAUAAAAGAAGCUUUAGAAUUACUGGAAGAAAUGGAAAAUAAGGGUGUGACUCCAGAUGUUGUUAGCUUUGGCACAUUGAUAGAUGGGUUUUGCAAGAAUGGAGAUUUGGAUGGAGCAUACCAGCUAUUUAGAAGAAUGGAAUGGCAAUAUAAGUUUUCACAUACCACAGCAACAUACAAUAUCAUGAUCAAUGCAUUUUCUGAGAAACUAAUUAUGAAUAUGGCUGCAAAGCUUUUCAGUGAGAUGGGAGACCGGGGCUGUUCCCCAGACAGUUACUCUUACCGUGUCAUGAUUGAUGGUUUUUGCAAAACAGGAAGCGGCAAUUCUGGGUACAGUUUUCUUUUAGAAAAGAUCGAAAAGGGGUUCAUUCCCUCACUCUCAACAUUUGGACGUGUAAUAAACUGUCUUUGCUUUGACCAAAGAGUUAAUGAGGCAGUUGGUAUCAUCCACCUUAUGGUACAAAACAAUAUUGUCCCUGAAUCUGUUAACAUGAUUUUUGAGGCUGAUAAAAAGGUGGUAGUAGCACCCAAGAUUGUUGUGGAGGACAUGUUAAAGAAGAGUCAUAUAACUUAUUAUGCUUAUGAACUCCUGUAUGAUGGUAUUAGAGAUAAGAAGCUACUAAAGAAAAAAUUUGCAAGAAGGUGAAAGAAAAAUUUUGCAAGAAGGUGCUCUAAUGAUUUCAGGAGGAGGCCUCUAGGUAUUGAUAGAUCAAUAUCAUUAUUGGAGAGAGAAAACCAUGCCCCUUAAUCUGCAUCAGAGAGACAAAUGAAAGAAAUUUCAAACUUUUAAAAAGUUGGCUUUUGGCAGCUUCUGAAAAAGAAAAAGUUACUGCAGAAUUUCAUGGAAAAUAUCUCAAGCAUGGUAGAAGAAGAGGCAUACAUCCGGAUGUUAAUACUGCCCUCUAAUUCUUCAAGGGAUCAUCUUUCAUUCAUGAUUUUUAAUUAAGGACCAGAUGUCAGGGGCAAAGGCAUAUAGUUUGCAAUUUGAGGCUUUUAUUUUUGCUAUAUAGAGGUGAUGUUGGAUUUUGUACAUCUAAAAGCAAGUUCAUGGUGCUUACAAAGGACAUGCAUACAAGUUACGCAAGUUGUGUGGGAGCAUAGAUUGCAUAGAAGGGCUAGGUGAUUUUAUAUUAUGUUUUGUCCAAGUUUGCAUAGAUCCAAAUUCCCAACUAUAUUUUCAAGAGAAAUUGGUGUGAUUGCCCCACCACGUUUUACCCGUUCAAAAAUUAGUGUUUCCCUUUUUAGCUUUGUGAUUCGGCCUUGAUCAAGACUUUUGAUGUAAGUUGCUUCUUACGAUGUAUGUUGGAUGGGGAGUUGGUUCCCCUUCGCCUGGGUAUGCUCGGUGUAUCCUGUACAUAUUCAUUUUGGUCAGUACAGAUUUACCCUUACUGAUCAAAAGAAAAAAAAAAAAAAGUAGUGCUCCCUUUAUGUGUC